AUGGCUUCUAAGAUUAUCAUCCUCUUUGCUUUUGUGGCAGUAGCAAAUGCUGGACUGAUCCCUACAGGAAUAGCAGCAACUCAUGAAGUAGUUGCUCAUGAAGUGGAUUCUGAGUACGACCCUCAUCCGCAAUACAGUUAUGGUUAUGAUGUUCAAGAUGCGUCAACUGGAGAUUUCAAGAGUCAACACGAAACUCGUGAUGGAGAUGUUGUUCAGGGAAGCUACUCUCUGAUUGAAGCUGAUGGUACCAAAAGGACUGUUGACUAUACUGCUGACAGUGUAAACGGCUUCAAUGCUGUUGUUCACAAGGAAGGAGUUGCUCUUAAAUCUGUGGUCGCCCCAGUUGUUCAUUCUGCACCUGUUGUUCAUUCAGGACCUGUUGUUCAUUCAGCACCUGUUGUUCAUUCAGCACAUCUUGUCCAUUCAUCACCUAUUGUCCACUCAGCACCUAUUGUCCAUUCAGCACCUGUUGUCCACUCAGCACCUAUUGUCCAUUCAGCACCCCUUGUCCAUUCAGCACCUGUUUCUUAUCAUUCCUACCCUUUCAUUUUUCACAAAAUAAUUUUGAACUUUAACAAUGUUCGCGGUUAUGACCAAGCUCAAAAUUCAAUAACUCAUCUACAAUACAGAUAUAGUUAUGAUGUUCAAGAUGCGUCAACUGGAGGUUUCAAGAGUCAACACGAAACUCGUGAUGGAGAUGUUGUUCAGGGCAGCUACUCUCUGAUUGAAGCUGAUGAUACCAAAAGGACUGUUGACUAUACCGCUGACAGUGUAAACGGCUUUAAUGCUGUUGUUCACAAGGAAGGAGUUGCUCUUAAAUCUAUGGUCGCUCCUUUUGUUCAUUCUGCACCUGUUGUUCAUUCAGGACCUGUUGUUCUUUCAGCACAUCUUGUCCAUUCAGCACCUCUUGUCCAUUUAGCACCUAUUGUUCACUCAGCACCUAUUGUCCAUUCAGCACCCCUUGUCCAUUCAGCACCUUCAACUGGAGGUUUCAAGAGUCAACACGAAACUCGUGAUGGAGAUGUUGUUCAGGGCAGCUACUCUCUGAUUGAAGCUGAUGAUACCAAAAGGACUGUCAACUAUACUGCUGACAGUGUAAACGGCUCAACCACCAAAACGGUCAUCAACCACUUUUUGAUAGGAUGCGUAGUUUUGGCUCUAAUCAAGAAAAACAUCAUUGACAAUAAAAAAAUCUGCCCGCUGCGUGGGCACACUCUUAUCACAACCUUUGUCUUUUAA